AUGGCUCGCGCUCUGAGUGAAAUCAGGACCCACCUCCAGAUCCGGAGCCUCGAGUUCCGACAGUGCCUCGCAGAGUUUCUGGGUGUAUUUGUGCUGCUGCUCCUCACUCAGGGUUCUGUGGCCCAGUCUGUCACCAGUGAAGAAGACAAAGGCAACUUCCUUACAAUGCUUCUGGCCAGCUCUCUGGCUGUUACAAUAGCUAUCUACAUGGCAGGCAAUGUCUCAGGAGCCCACCUAAACCCAGCCUUCUCUCUGGCCAUGUGCUUGGUAGGACGCAUGCCCUGGGCCAAGCUCCCCAUCUACUGCUUUGUGCAACUGUUGUCUGCUUUCUGUGCCUCAGGAGCGACCUACAUUCUCUACCACGAUGCCCUCCAGCACUACACAGGUGGGAACCUGACAGUGACUGGUCCCAAAGAGACAGCCUCCAUUUUUGCCACCUAUCCUUCCCCCUAUCUGUCCCUGAACAAUGGCUUCUUGGAUCAGGUUCUGGGCACCUGGAUGCUGAUUGUGGGGCUGUUCGCCAUCCUAGACAGGCGCAAUAAAGGAGUGCCUGCAGGUCUGGAGCCCAUGGUGGUGGGACUGCUGGUCCUUGUCAUCGGACUAGCCAUGGGUUCUAACUGUGGCUCUCCACUCAACCCUGCCCGGGACCUGGGCCCAGGGCUCUUCACCUACUUGGCUGGCUGGGGCCCUGAAGUCUUCAGUGCUGGUAAUGGCUGGUGGUGGGUACCUGUGGUGGCUCCUAUGAUGGGGGCCACCCUCGGCACAGCCACAUACCAGCUCCCGGUGGCUCUGCACCACCCUGAGGAUCCAGAGCCCGUUCCAAAGGUGGCAGCGGCUCAGCUCAGGGCUUCAGUCUCGGGAACUCUGGCUCAGCUGGAGUGCUUCCAAAAUAAAGAAACAGCAUCCCGGCGCUCUCCAACCUCGCCGAAGGCCUGCGUGUCCGAGGCUGGAGCGUGGGACCCUCCCCUCAGCACCAAAAUGGCGCACGCCGCGCCCCUCACUCCCCAAAGCCCCUCCCGCCCCCCGCCCGCGGCCGCCGCCGUCACUUCCGCCCCGCGGCCGAAACUGACACAAAGUAGCGGGCCGGGGCCCGGGUGGGGAGAAGCCGGGCCGCCGCUGGGGGGCGGGAGCCUGCGGGCAGCGGAGCCGAGCGCCCCCGCCCCAGCCCCCGGCAUGGGCUGGACGGGGCCGCCGGGCGGAGCGCCGAGCGCCGCGCGCUGA